AGUUAAUUAUAUAUCUAAAUAGAAAGGAAUUUGAGAAAUUUGCAAAUAAUCGGUUAAGAUAUCUGUUAAGAAUGAAAGACUCAAGUUCAACACCCCCAUGUUUUGCAGGCAGAUGGUUGAAGCUGAAGUGGCGUGAGAUAACGCAGAUGGCUGCCACAUGGAGAUGGGAAGGAAAACAGAAACUGACGGUUUUACAAUCAAGUGGUUCCCUUUGAAAGCUCAUCGGGUUUCUGGAUUUCCAGUGUCGUUCCAGAACCGUUUUGAACCUGAGCCGUCGUUUCACACUCCUUAUAAACUUUGAUCUCAUGGCGUUUCUGCCUCAUACUCGUCUCUGGGCUGGAAGAGGAAACUCAUGCUUGCGGCAGGAAUAUGCAAACAGCUGAUGUAUAAAACACGACCUCAGUCAUGAGAUAAGGCUGACCUCCUCGCCACAGCACAUUCAACAAAUAUAAAGUAGAGCACAGCAGUCUAACACAAACCACAACUAAAAAAAUCGUUGUGCAUGUUGAACAAAGUAGCUUCUCCGGUUCACCAGUUAUUAAGGGGUUUCAUUUCUCUUGUAUGAAGUAAUAAUAUAAAGUUAUAUUCAUGGUUGAUGAUACUGAUGUUUUAAGAGAUAAUUGCAGCUAAAUAUAUGUCCUCUGCAAUCUAGAUGGUGAAUGUGACAAAACUUUGUGUUUUGUUCUUUCUGUCUGCUUCUUUUCAAACAUGUCUUGCAUUGCUAUUGUUUUUACAAUUAUAUUUGUGUGAAUGCUUUGUAAGCAUUGAGUUUUUAGGCUAAUUCUGAGUUAAGCUAGUAUUUUAGGAACGUGUUAGCUUUUUUUUGGCUAAUUUGGCACUGCAAAUUAUUCAUGUUUGGUAUCAAAAAUGUUCAUCAAGUUAAGGACAUUAAUGCUACUCAUGUUUGUAAGGCUAAUUUUGAGUUAGUAUGUAUUUUAUCACCGUGCUAACGUUUUUAGCUAAUUUAACAUUUUUUGGGAGGGGCUAAUUUAGAUUUAGCUAGUAUUUUGGCAAUGUGCUAGCUUUUAUGGCUAAUCUGGCAUAUACUGAUUUUUUUUAGGCUAAUUCUGAGUUAAGCUAACUAUUGCCAUUUGCUAUUUUAGCAAAGUUGCAAUUUUCUGUCAUGAAAUUCUUCAAAUUCUCUGUGCACAUUCUGUAAAUUAUGUAAGUUUGGUAUCAAAACGUUCAUGACAUUAUUCAACAGUUAAAAAAAUGUCUUCAGCAUCUUCAGCGACUACAUUCCGACCAAAACCUUCAGCUCGUUCAGGACAUUCCUGCUUGUACUUUUGGUUUUCUUCCAGCUCACACGAACAGCCUUUCUUCUCAACCAUGGACAGACCUUAGAAAAGAAUAAGAAGCAAAAACAACGAACGCCUUUCUCAGAGGAAGUGACAGUUUGAGGAGAAGAUUUCAUCAGCGACGAACCAGCCAAGAAAACAACUUUUGAAGUGAGGUGUCAGAGCAGGUGUGGAAGACAUGGAGGAACUUGAUUUGCUGUUGGCGGAGUUGGCCUUGAACGUGGCGAGUUCAAACAGCGUCCAAGACGACUCAAAUAAUGACAGAGCUGAUCAGCAUGCUACGGUUUCUGGUGAACCGCUUGUUGGAUUUAAUGGAAAAGAAAGAACGGCCUCCGCCAAUGUGUACAGCGAUCUUCCAGCUCCUGUCCCGGCUGCACUGAACCCCGACUCUCCCACUCAGGAGCUGGAGUCGAUUUUGGAGGAUCUGCUGGGUCUGGCACAAGGGGAUCCAGGACCUUCUGCAAACCCGCCUCCAUUAACACAGAAGAAGUCGGUGAAAAAGGAAACAGCAGACGGUCAGAAGAAGAAAGAGGACGCCGGCGACUCGAAAGACUCAAUAGAUGAGCUGCUGGGGGGGCUGAGCUCUGACCUGGAGAAAAUUGGGGUCCGCACCAACCCAAAGGGCCACUGCGCCGCCUGCCACAAAUGCAUUGUGGGAAAGAUGAUCACAGCGCUGGGGGAGACGUGGCACCCCGAGCACUUCGUGUGUGCGGUCUGUGACACGGAGCUCAGCACCACCGGCUUCUUUGAGCGGGACGGGAAGCCCUACUGCCACAAGGACUACCACGAGAAGUUCUCACCCCGCUGUGCGUACUGCAAGGGCGCCAUCACACAGAACAUCCUGACAGCUCUUGACAAGACCUGGCACCCAGACCACUUCUUCUGCGCGCACUGUGGGGAACUGUUCGGUCCAGAUGGUUUCCUGGAGAAAGAUGGGAGGCCGUACUGCAGUAAGCACUUCUACCACCUCUUCGCUCCCAAGUGCACCGGCUGUGGGGAGUCGGUGAGGGAGAACUACCUGACAGCGGCCAACGGCACCUGGCACUCGGAGUGCUUCGUGUGCGCGGACUGUCUGAAGCCCUUCACCGACGGCUGCUUCAUGGAGCUGGACGGCCGGCCCCUCUGCUCGCUGCACUUCUACUCCAGGCAGGGCACCCUGUGCGGCGGCUGCGGCGAGCCCGUCAUCGGCCGCUGCAUCUCCGCGCUGGAUCGCAAGUUUCACCCCGAGCACUUCGUGUGCGCCUUCUGCCUGCGGCAGCUCAGCCAGGGCAUCUUCAGGGAGCAGAAGGGGAAGCCGUACUGCUCCGCUUGCUUUGGGAAACUGUUUGUGUGAGAUCAGAUGAUCCUUCAGACAGUCUGAGCCGGAGAUGAGAGUACUUGUGUUGAGGAGUUUCAGUGAGACGAGAAUGCUGGAUUUGGGUUUGUACAGAACAAAGUGUCCAAAACUGAUUUAGGUCGUGAUGCCGUUUACAAUGAAAACGUCUGAACUAGGGCUGCCACGAUUAGUCGACUAAUCGACGACUAAUCGACUAAUUUAAUAGUCGAUUAGUCGUAACUUUAUAUUAUAUGGAGUCAGAGUGUAGUAAAGUUGAAAGUUAUAAUAA